UAGCUCCCACACAUAGUACGCAGUGCAUGCAUGCACAUCCAUCCCCCAAGUCCCAAUCCCCAACACGUCCACACAUACAUAGUCACAUCCAACAUGGCCGGAGCUCAUCGUAAGGUCUGCGAGCUGUUAUACCACACGCGGCGGCGCUCCACGGCCGCGCUCAACAAUGUGGUGUCCCUCAUGCGCUCGCUCUCCGGGUCAUACGCGCAGCACCACGUCAAGGAGCGCGUGGCGCGGUGGCGCCGCGCGCUCGCCGGGCGGUUAUCGCCGCGCCUCGGCUCGCUGCUCGUCCACGUCGCCUACUUCCUCGCCGUCUCCUGGCUCGGUUACCUCGUCCUCGCGCAGCUCAGGUUCCGCGCCGGCGGCGAGGGCACGAGGCGGCCAGGCGCCAUCGACCUGUUCUUCACCGCCGUCUCGGCCGCGACGGUGUCGAGCAUGUCCACCGUCGAGAUGGAGGCGUUCUCCAACGGCCAGCUCCUCGUCCUGACCGUGCUCAUGUUCGUCGGCGGCGAGGUGUUCUUGUCGCUCCUAGGCCUCGCGUCCAAGUGGUCCAGGCUGAGGAAGCAAGCUGUAAGCAAAUCCCGGCGCGUCGAGAUCCACCACGUCGCCGAGCUUGAGAUGCCGCCGGUCGCCGCUGCUGGCGAAUUCGACAACCCAACGUCAAUGACGUCGACCGCCGAGGAAGAGGUGAGCAAGCCGUUGGACCGCUUCGAUGACACGAGGCUGCGGCGCGACGCGGUGCUGUCGCUCUUCUUCGUCGUGCUCGCCAUCCUCCUGACGGUGCACGUCCUCGGCGCCGCCGCCAUCGUGGCGUACAUCUUCCACGCGUCGUCUUCGGCGAGGCGGACGCUGCGGAAGAAGGCCCUGAACGAGUGGACAUUCGCCGUGUUCACGACGGUGUCCACGUUCUCGAGCUGCGGCUACAUGCCGACAAACGAGAACAUGGCGGUGUUCAAGCGGGACACCGGUCUGCAGCUGCUGCUCGUGCCGCAGGCGCUGGUCGGGAACACGCUGUUCCCGCCGCUGCUGGCCGCGUGCGUGCGCGCCGCCGCCGCGGCGACCAGGCGCGUGGAGCUCAAGGAGACGGCGAAGGAGGGCGAGGUGCUGACGGGGUACUACCACCUGCUCCCGGCGCGGCGAUGCGCGAUGCUGGCGGCGACGGUGGCCGGGCUCGUCGCCGUGCAGGUGGCGAUGUUGUGCGGCAUGGAGUGGGGCGGCGCGCUGCGCGGGAUGAGCGCGUGGGAGAAGGUGUCGAACGCGGUGUUCCUGGCGGUGAACUCCCGGCACACCGGCGAGACGACCCUCGACAUCUCCACCCUGGCGCCGGCCAUCCUCGUCCUCUUCGUGCUCAUGAUGUACCUGCCUCCAUACACGACAUGGUUUCCAUUUGGAGAGAGCUCGGGCGUUAAGGACCAUCCCACGGAGGAGACCAAGGGGUUGAGGUUGCUCAAGGGCACGCUUCUGUCACAACUCUCCUACCUCGCCAUCUUUGUCAUCGCCAUCUGCAUCACCGAGAGGGAAAAGCUCAAGGAGGAUCCCCUCAACUUCAACUUGCUCAGCAUUGUCGUCGAAGUCGUCAGCGCUUAUGGAAAUGUGGGCUUCUCCAUGGGCUACAGCUGCAGUAGGCAGAUCAGCCCGGACCGGCUGUGCACUGACAGGUGGACCGGCUUUGCUGGGAGGUGGAGCGAUUCCGGCAAAGUCAUCCUCAUUCUUGUCAUGCUCUUCGGGAGGCUGAAAAAGUUCAGCAUGAGCGCGGGCAAAGCCUGGAAGCUAAGUUAGAAGAAAAAGCAGGUGAUCAUUGCAGGCACCAGUGGUCAUGCAUGGAGUGAGCUCCGAGUUAGACACAACAUGAGGUCUUUUCACCCCCUUUGUAUGGCUGUAUUCCUUUUGAAUGCAGAAGGGAGCCUUCAGUGUGUCAUCCUUGUAGACUCACCUGUAAGUGCUGCCGGUUUUAGAUUAGAGGGCCAAAGUUGAUCAUGGAAAUGGAAUUAUCAAGGCUUGCUAAUUAGCUAGCCAGAUUUUCUUUA